AUGAGUGGAAACAAGUCCCUCUGCACCAGAUUCACAUUUGUGGCUUUUUCCUCUCUAGCAGAGUUACAACCUGUGCUGUUCCUUGUGUUCUUAAUACUUUACUUGUUUACUGUGGGAGGAAACCUCAUCAUCAUCUGCCUGAUCGGGCUCACCCCUUCCCUGCACACCCCCAUGUAUUUCUUCCUGGUUAACCUCUCCUUCCUGGAGGCGUGCUAUAUCACCAGUGUGGUGCCUCUGAUGCUGGUGCACCUGCUGGCAGAGACCAAGACCAUAAGUGUGAGAGGCUGUGCAGCUCAGAUGUACGUAUUUACCAUCUUAGGACUGACAGAAUGCUGCCUGCUAGCAGCCAUGGCUUAUGACCGCUUUGUAGCUAUUUGUCACCCACUGCAUUACACUCUCCGCAUGGGCCCUCGUGUCUGUUUGAAAUUGGCUGCAGCAUGUUGGACCACCGGGGUGGUGGUGGAGUCAGCCCAGACCACCUGGAUCCUCAGUCUGCCCUUCUGCGGAACAGGAAAGAUUCAGCACUUUUUUUGUGACAUCAUGCCUGUAGUGAAACUGGCAUGUGUUGAUACAUCCCAAAACGAAAUUGUGUUGUUUGCUGUCUCUGUGCUCUUCAUUAUGAGUCCCUGUUUCCUCAUUCUGUGCUCCUACACGCGCAUUCUUGUGACCAUCUUGAGAAUCCCUUCAGCAGCUGGAAGACGCAAAGCGUUCUCCACUUGUUCUUCUCAUCUCCUGGUUGUUUCUCUGUUCUUUGGCACUGCCUUGUUCACUUAUCUCCAACCUAAGACGGCACACACUCCAGAAACGGACAAAGCCACUGCCCUCAUGUACACUGUGGUCACCCCUGCUCUGAAUCCUGUUAUCUACACCUUGAGGAACAAGGAAGUAAAGGAAGCCUUUCAAAGGGUAACACAAAGGAACCCUCUUAGACAAAUGGCCUAA